AUGACUAUCAGUGUCAUUCUUGGGGCCCAGUGGGGCGACGAAGGCAAGGGAAAGCUUGUUGAUAUCCAGGCCCGGGAGGCGCAACUCUGUUGUCGAGCUGCUGGUGGAUCUAAUGCAGGUCACCAAAUCAAGGUGGAUGGAGUCUCAUACAGUAGCUUCCACCUCUUGCCCUCCGGCCUCAUGAACCCGAAGUGCAUGAACUUCAUCGGCUCCGGUGUGGUCUUUCACAUCCCAACCUUCUUCAGCGAGCUCAAGGAGCUUGAAGAGAAGGGCCUGACCGCGGUACACGACCGAAUCCUUGUUUCUGACAGGGUCAAUGUUCUCUUGGACAUGCACAUGGUCGUGGAUGGUCUCGAGGAGCAGGAGCUUGGAGGCAUUGGUCCAUGCUACCAAACAAGCAGAGCGCGAAAUGGCAUCAAAUUGACCGACAUCUUCUAUCCCGAGCUUUUCGAGAGUAAGGUGAAGCGCUUAGCUGAUGGUUAUCAAAAGCGCUUUGGAGAACUAUUCAAGUACGACAUCAAAGCUGAGCUUGCUCGCUUUGAGGAGUACAGGGAGACGAUGAGGAAAUACGUCGUGGACGGCGUGUCCUUCAUGGCCUCCGCACAGCAGAGCGGCACGAAUAUCGUGGUCGAAGGAGCAAACGCACUGAUGCUCGAUGUCGAUUAUGGCUCGUACCCUUUCGUUACUUCGUCAAGUACAACGCUUGCUGGCAUCAUUGGUGGACUCGCCCUGAACCCCAAGCAAAUCACAGAGACGGUUGGAGUGGUCAAGGCUUACACCACCCGUGUCGGUUGGGGUGCCUUCAAGACCGAAGAUACUGAAGAGAUUGGCACCAAACUUCAGGAGAUUGGACGCGAAUGGGGCACGUCGACCGGCCGUAGACGCCGAUGUGGAUGGCUCGACCUUGUUGUUGUCAAGUACAGCAACUCAAUCAACUACUACACGAGCCUCAAUCUGACCAAGCUCGACGUUUUGGACACUUUCGAGACGAUCAAGAUUGCGAUCGCUUAUAAGGUCGACGGAGAGGAAUUGGACUCUUACCCUGCGGAUCUUCAGAUCUUGGAACGGGCUGAGGUGGUAUACCAUGAAAUGCCAGGCUGGCAAACGCCGACUACCAACGCAAAGACCUACGACGAACUGCCCAAGAAGGCUCGCGAUUACAUAGAGCAGUACAUCGAGAAGUUUGUGGGAGUCAAGAUUGAUUACAUUGGCACCGGUCCCGACCGUGAGGCCAUGAUCCGGCGCGCCUGA